GCAAGGAGCGAUGCUGAAGCAUGGGCGUCCGCGCAAUGCGAGUGAGUGCUUGAAGUAUGCCGAAGUUGCGGUGCGAAGGUCAUGGAGAGUCCGUGUUGUGGUGUAUGGCUUGGCUCUGGUCUCUGCUGUGGCCCUGGUGUGCAUGGUGUAUGUGAGCUCGCUCAACAGCCAGUCGCUGCUGCUGGAGAUGGCUGAGUGCAACGAGCGCAUUCUCUCGGCCCACAACAUCACCACAUGGCUGGAUGGUGGUCCUUUGCUUGGAGCUAUUCGCCAUGGUGACUUUCUGCCCAAUGAUGACUCGGGCGACUUUGAUAUCGGCAUGGUCGAGGAUGAUGUGCCCAAGAUGUUUGCCCUUCGUGAGACCAUCAGAGCUCGUUGUGGCUGGCUCAUCCAUCGCUCCGAGACCAACUGGUGGCCCGGCGUGCUGGACACACUCUUCCACAUUCAUCGAGCCGCUUUUCGUCAGUUUGCUGGCAAGUGGACCCCCGUCUUUCUCGACUACAAGGACUAUGAGGACGACGGCCGCGGGAACCUCGUCGAUCUGCACUUUGUCGGCUCCGAGGAUGCUGUUGGCUUUCCGCGCGACGCCAUCUUCCCGCUGUGGGACUGUCCCUUUGGCCACACCACGUUCAAGUGCCCCAACGACGCUGAGCUCGUUCUUCGUCGCACCUACGGCGACGAUUGGUGCAUCCCGUCGUCCACCCACACGUCUGAGCUAUCCGAGACCCAGCGUGGUGUCGCCUUUCACGAGCAGGCCUACCGCGACUUUCUCAACAUCCCCCCCCCUCCGCCACGCCAACUCCGCCUUGCGCCCGCCAUCACCACGCCGUGCCCCACCCGCGAGGAUCGCCUCGCCCAGGGUCUUGCUGCUGCUGCCGCCGCCGCUGCCUCGUCGUCAUCGUCGUCAUCGUCAUCGUUAUCCUCAUCCACCAACCCGUAG